AUGCCAACUUGGGUUUAUGGCGAGAGCGUUGCGUUUUUGACCAAGAGCCCUUGGAAAGAGGUGCUGGACGAGUGUGCAAUCUCGCACUCGCGGCUGCAGGGCCUGGAUUGGAAGUUCCUGAGCCUCGACGAUGCUUUGAUUCUGUACCGCUAUGCAAAGGGAAUUCCAGAGAGAAGAAAGCAGUUUCAAGAGCUCUUUCUGGGACCAGUUUCCGAAGAAACAAAGGACUCUUCCAUCGCGCUGAUGAAUCAACUACUACCCGUGUAUAACCACGUCAAGGAGCUCGCAACCCAAGCGCGUGUCAAGGGCCUUGAAGUAGGCGAGUUAACAGAGUCACCCAACCCCGGCGGUCUUACAAAGAUGCGAUAUAGCUUCAUCAGCGCGCUGCUGGCAUUGACCUUCCAAGCCAUGAUCGUUGGGCAGAUGAACAUGCUGCACAUGCUAAUCCAACUGAACAAGCUGGGCGGCGACGAUCCAGAGCUUGGUGCUUCUUUCUGGGCUCAAUAUCGCUCCGCCGCCCAGGACUUCUGGAAGUUCCUGCCGUACUUUUAUGAGUUGGAUUCCGUCGUUGCUUGGCACUUUCUCCCGUCUCUCUGUCUCACAUGGGAGGCCGCGGAGGAGGAGCACGAGCAAGAGGCAAUAAUGAAUAUGGUCCUAUACAUGGAUAGUUAUCUUCAGAGAUGGAGUAAAGAACCCAACAUAGUCAAGAUUUCAAUGUUGGAAACUGCAAAGCUAUUGACCGGACGUCGUCCAGACUUGGCUAUACUGUAG